GUCACUCUUGCUGUUUCUGCCACCACGCCGGUGCUGGCUGCAGAUGCUGCAGAUCAGAUGAAUGGUAUCGGAAUGCCGAUCCUCUACUUGGCAUUUCUUCUUUGCAUUGCGUUGGUUACGCGAAAUCGAUUGAUUGAUGCGUUUUACGCCUCAAGGGGUGAUACGGCUACCUUCAUGUGCUUUUCUGCUGCUCUUGCAAAUAUGGCGCUCUCUGUUUUUCUCUACUUCAGCACCGCAUAUAACUAUGGCCUUGUCACUACGGUUUUGGCGUAUAGCAUGGCAUUUUUGAAGGUAAAUGGCCCCCGUGAACUGCACUCAAGGUGGCUACUUGCAGUAUAUCUGGCGUGGUUUCUUUUUCUUCUUGGCUUUCCAACUGCAUGGGGUCCGGGUAUCAUGAAAGCUACGAACGAAAAAAAAAAAUGUAUUUUUUUAAAUCGUUAA